AUGCCUCUCGCAACCAUCCACCUCAUCUCGCUGACGGCAAGCAGCAGCAUCGCAUCGUUUAUCGAUUCGCUCCGAUCGACAGGCUUGCAAACGCUGGUGGUCAGCAAAGUGGUGCGGUGGAUCAUCACGCCCAGCAAGAACGACGUGCACGCACUCCUCUCGCCCCCGAAGCCAUGGGACCUCCUGGUGAUCCUGCUGGGCGCGGACACGGCGGCGCUCCCAGCCUCGGUGGCAGCGCAGGUCGAAGGCCACUGGACGGUGACGACGGGGAUUCCGUCGCGACUGACGAGCGACUUCGCCCGCACGAACGCGGCCAUAUUGCAUCCCGACGCGGCGUCCGUGCCGCCGUUGACCGGGGCGUUGGAUCAGCCUCGCUUUGGUGACACCGCCCAGACGCUCGAGCUGUCUCGUGAGCUGGCUGGCUGGAUCCGUGGGUUCGCCGCCACCCGCGCCGGUAAGAGCCCGUUGUCCAUGUUGAACCUGUUGGCCUUCCGGCCGGGCUUGAAGCCGUCGUAUCUACGUUACGGCAAGGCCUUCGCCGAAUCCAUUGGCCGCAGGCGUGGUGGUGUCGCCAAGCUCGUGGGGAAUGUGGUCGCGACAGCCCACACAUCUCAACCUGACCAAAAAUCUGACCAAAAAUCCGGUACUGCUGGUGCUGGUGCUGCCUGGGAUGAAUUCGCCCUGGCGUCGUACCCGUCCAUCCUGCAUUUCGCAGACAUGCUCGCCAGCCACGACUACCAGGCCGUCAACCUCGGAUAUCGCGUCCCUGCGUUGGAGGAUACGUUUAUUUUGUGCACGAGUGAGAUCGAAGUCGAGGAUUUAUUGGCGGGGAAGCAGCAUCCCGGCGGAGGCGGAGGCACGGCGAAGUUGUGA